UAGAAUCGUUUCAUCAUAAGCUAAAUACAUGAAAUCACUUCACUAUAUUGGCAUUUGGAGAUGGCAAAUGAAGAACAAAGCGUAGCAAAAUAAGAAACAAACAAUACAUAAAAGGAAAAGAGAGGAGUGACAUGGCUAGCAUGGCUGAGAAAUGGGAGGAGCUUAGUGGGAAAAACAAUUGGGAAGGGUUGUUAAACCCCUUAGAUCUUGAUCUUCGUAAAUAUAUCAUUCAAUAUGGAGAAUUGGCUCAAGCAACUUAUGACACUUUCAUUACAGAAACAAAGUCAAAAAAUGCAGGAGCUAGCAGAUACUCGAUGGAGAACCUUUUUACUAAGGGUGGGCUUGACCCACUAAAGUAUCGUGUAACCAAAUUCUUCUAUGCUACUGCAUCGAUCCCACUUCCUGGUGGUAUCCUUGUAAGAUCAUUGUCAAGGGAAGCAUGGAGUAAGGAAUCAAAUUUUAUGGGAUACAUUGCUGUGGCCACUGAUGAGGGAAAAGUUGCAUUGGGAAGGAGGGAUAUUGUGAUUAACUGGAGAGGAACAAUACAAAAUUUGGAGUGGGUGAAUGAUCUUCAAUUUUUACUUAUCCCAGGACCCAAAGUUUUUGGUGAUGAGGGUUUGCUUCAACCUUUGGUGCAUCAUGGCUUCUAUAACAUUUAUACAACAUCAAGUACACGAUCGCAGUUUAAUCAAACUAGUGCAAGGGACCAGGUGAUUGAAGAAGUGAAACGAUUGGUUGAGGAAUAUAAGCAUGAAGAGGUUAGUAUAACAGUGACUGGUCAUAGCUUAGGUGCAUCACUUGCAACUCUAAAUGCAGUUGACAUAGCUUAUAAUGGUAUCAACAAGUCAAGCAAUGGCAAGGAGUUUCUUGUAACAGCUUUUCCAUUUGCAAGUCCUAAAGUUGGGGAUCUCAAUUUUCAAAAGGCAUUUUCAAAACUGAAAAGUCUUUGUGUUUUGAGAAUUCAUAACUUAUUGGAUAUUGUUCCGAAAUACCCACCCAUUGGCUAUUUUGACGUUGGGGAGGAACUAUUAAUUGACACCACAAAAUCUCCCUAUGUGAAGCCUCCUGGAGAACCUGUGAGCUGGCAUUUGUUGGAACCAUAUCUGCAUGGUGUUGCUGGCACUCAAGGUUUAGGACCAUUAGCAAGUUUUAAAUUAGAGGUGAAUCGCGAUAUUUCACUAGUCAACAAACAGUGGAAUAUACUGAAAGAUGAAUAUUGCAUUCCUGGGCUUUGGUGGGUCGAGAAGAACAAAGGGAUGGUUCAACAAGAAGAUGGAUCUUGGCUUCUCUUGGAUCGCAACGAGUAUGACUUUUGAGAGAGCUAGAAUGCUAGAGUUCCGAAUGCGGUUUUAUUUCCUUUCACGUAAUGUUUGAAUAAAGGUUUUCGUUAGCUUGGGAAAACCAGUCAUAUAUUAUAUAUGUGCAUUAGGGUUUAAAAUUUGUACACAAUCGAUGUACAAAAUUUUAUACACUUACGUUGCACAAAACUCUAUGUAUUAUAGUUCCUCUUUAUCACAGAGGAUAAACUUGCAUGUCGAUCUAUUGCUUUUACUCAACGCUUAAGAUAUCUGGCCAUUAACUUGAA